AUGUCGUUCGUCUUCCCCUCCUGGUCGACGGCGUUCUCGCCAGCGUUCUAUGACGAUGCGAAAGCCAUGCUGGAGACGGCCUUGAACAAGGGUAACAAGCCUCCUGUUAUCCAAGGUCGUAUCGAAGUCGUCGGGAUGAGUAUGGGCACGCAGCCGCCGACGUUGACUCUUCUCGAGAUCGGUGACCUAUCUUUGGACCGCUUUCGAGGCAUCCUCCGUCUGGGAUACCAAGGGGACGCCUGGAUCGAGGUCCGAUGUCGCGUGCAGGCGAACCCGCUCAGCCACAAUCCGAAUCUGAACCCGACGUCUACCCUCCCGGUCUCCGCCCCGUUGCUCGCGUCUCAGCCCCUCCUUGUCCCCAUGACGCUUCGCCUGUCGCUCCUUCACCUCCGAGCGAUCCUCAUUCUGGUCGUUUCGGCUAGUAAGGGUAUUACUCUCGUGUUCAAGAACGACCCCCUGCAGAAUGUGGAGGUGUCGAGUACUUUCGAUAGUGUGGAGGUCAUUCGAGGGUACCUUCAGCAAGAGAUCGAGGGACAGCUGCGUGAGAUGUUCCGCGAGGAUCUGCCAGGCAUUAUCCACCGUCUUUCGCAGAAAUGGUUUUCGAAGGGCACAGGCGGUCAUGUCGAGACUCCGUAUCGCGAUGUGGACAAUCCAGACAACAGCGCCAACAGCAUUCCGCCCGUGUAUGACGAUGAGGACGACGACCGCGACCCCACUGAGGCUCCGCAAGACAUCUUCCCUCCAAAUGGCAACGGCUCUGGCAUCUCGCACUCGACCCCGAAGAAGCGUGGUGGACAUCGCGUAUCCAGCACCAACCUCCGUAAUUCGACGUCCAGCACCGCCGGAGGCGCUGGCCUUUCAGAGUCACCAACAUCAUACACUGUCUUCCCCGACAUUGAGAACUACGAUCCGACCUAUGGCCUGCGUCCCGAGGGUCUGCCGACGCAUAGCGGGUACGAGGCGUUCGGUCGGCUAUGGGAGAGGAACCGGUCUGGCGGCGGCCGAGGUCUUGGCUCGCUUAUGGGUGAGACAGAACACACUCCCUUGCCUAGCCAACAGAACUCGGACGAGUCUUCUUCCGAGGAAGAGGAAGAAGCAGAGGAGGAAGAGUGCCUUUCUGAGACCGACGACAUUGUCCCAGACCUCGAAGGGGUGCCUUCGCGAUCGAGCUUCGAAUGGGAAGCGUUCCCGGCUGUCGGUGGCGGCAUGGUCAGCCGGCCGAGAGUGUUCCACGCCCAGUCGCAGAUCCGCGCGCCGAGCGAGUCGGGCUUUGGCGGCGCCAUGCCGAGCCCAGCGGCGACAGCCACUGGUGGCUCUGUCACGGCACGUGCCAGCAGUAUCGGAACUUCGACCGUCGGCAGCUACGUCCCCGCGCAUUCGACUCUUGUUGCGCCGAAGCCCGUGUCUCCUGUGCUGAGGCGCACGAUGACGUCGAGCUCCGACUUUACUCGUCGCGAUCUCGUCGGCCGCGAUCGCGCCGGCAGCCGCUCACGGCCCGAGAGCCUUGCAGCCGUGUCUCAGCUUGCGACCCUCUCGCUCAGCGCCAACACGCUCUCGCCCUACGCUCGCGCGCACGAGCACAUUGCUGUCCGCUCCUUCCCUCACCUGGGCACUACUCCGCCCGUGGUCGCUGCUCCCCAAGAGGUCAAGGCCACGCGAAAGCGCAUUUUCCGCCUCGGGUCCAAGCCCACCACUCCCGAGUCUGAGACGCCGAAGCCUCUCAGCCCCGCCCCCACCACACCCCCGCUCGAAUGGGACGACUCCAUCCAGCCGUCGAGCUCGAGCGAGGCGAGCCGUUGGCGCUCCUCUCGCCGCGCCGAGAGCAGAACGUCGUACGGCUUCCCCCGCAUCCCGGAGGAAGACCUCAGAAAAGGCGCAGGCUACGUUCCCAGCCCGCCAUCGACGCGUGUCCGAUGA